ACCAAAGUCCUCAUAAUAACAGUUAACUCAAAUAUUUUAUUAUUUUUUUAAAAUAAAUAUUUAUAAUACCUUUAUCUAAAUUCCAUCAAAUCAAAUAUCUUAUCUAAAUGGAUAAGAUCAAACUUAAAAAGAAAAAGAAAUUAUAGUUUUUAAGUUCUUGCGUUUAGAUCAUUUCAUUCCCAAUUAAGAAAAUGUAGAAAAAAAAAAGAAAUUAUAGUUUGUUAUAUUAAAAUAUUUAAAUAUCAUUAUCCUGUAAGGUCCCUAUUUCUUAAUUUAUAAGGCAUACUAAUUUAAUCAAGAGAAAUUUUGAUUUUAUAGUAUUACAAAAUAAAAUAAAUCAAGUUUAUUUUAUCCUCUUUUGUUUCCCUUCUUACAAGCAUCCAAACAAAGGGGAAAGCCUCUAGGCAUCUUCUGACAGCUCAUAGUUACUAGUAGUAUUAAGUAAAUGUUGCCUUCUACUACUUUUGCUUCAUGUUUUCUAGUUUUGAUCCUGUGUUUUAAUGGAGUAAGACCAUCCUCCACGCCUACUAGGAUUGGAAAUGGCUAUCGUCUCAUCUCUAUUGAAGAGACUCAUGAUGGAGGCAUUUUGGGCUACCUCCAAGUCAAGCAGAAGAACGACAUCUAUGGACCCGAUAUCCCCCUCUUGCAGCUCUUUGUCAAGCAUGAAACAGAAGAUCGUUUAAGGAUUCACAUCACUGAUGCAGAGAAGAAAAGAUGGGAAGUUCCAUAUGAUCUGUUGCCCAGAGAGCAACCGCCGGCACUGAAUCGAACAAUUUUUUUGAGAUCGAGUAAGAAUUCAAUAACAGUUCAGGAAUUCUCUGGCUCUGAGCUUAUCUUCAGCUACGAAGAGGACCCAUUUAGUUUUGCAGUGAAGAGAAAGUCAAACGGGCAGACCCUUUUCAAUACGAGCUCCGAUGAAUCCGACCCAUUUGGAGAAAUGGUCUUCAAAGACCAAUAUUUGGAGAUAUCCACAAAAUUGCCUAAAGAUGCUUCACUCUACGGUCUGGGAGAGAACACGCAGCCUCAUGGAAUCAAAUUGUACCCUGGAGAUCCAUAUACUCUGUAUACUACUGAUAUCUCAGCCAUUAAUCUUAAUGCUGAUUUGUAUGGGUCUCAUCCGGUGUACAUGGAUCUUAGAAAUGUGAACGGGCAGCCCUCUGCUCACUCGGUCCUUCUUCUUAACAGUAAUGGCAUGGAUGUGUUCUACAGAGGGACUUCGCUCACAUACAAGAUUAUUGGGGGUGUUCUCGACUUUUACUUUUUUGCUGGACCCUCUCCAUUGGCUGUCGUCGACCAAUACACAACGUUAGUAGGUCGACCAGCUCCAAUGCCUUACUGGGCUCUUGGAUUCCACCAGUGCAGAUGGGGCUACCAUAACCUGUCUGUAGUUGAAGACGUGGUCGAGAAUUACAAAAAGGCUCAGAUCCCUUUGGAUGUGAUCUGGAAUGAUGAUGAUCAUAUGGAUGGCCAUAAGGAUUUUACUCUCAACCCCACCAACUACCCUCGUCCAAAGCUCCUGGCAUUCCUAGAGAAAAUACACAGCAUUGGAAUGAAGUACGUUGUAAUUAUUGAUCCUGGAAUUGGUGUUAAUUCUACUUAUGGUGUAUAUCAAAGAGGCAUUGCCAAUGAUGUAUUUAUCAAGCAUCAUGGUAAGCCAUUCUUAGCCCAAGUUUGGCCUGGAGCUGUCAAUUUUCCGGACUUCCUCAAUCCAAAAACUGUUGAAUGGUGGGGUGAUGAAAUCCGUCGCUUCCAUGAACUUGUUCCUGUUGACGGCCUAUGGAUUGACAUGAAUGAAGUUUCAAACUUCUGUUCUGGACUUUGCACAAUGCCAGAGGGCAGGCAGUGUCCAAGUGGCCCUGGACCUGGACCUGGUUCGGUCUGUUGCCUAGACUGCAAGAACAUAACAACUACAAGGUGGGAUGAUCCACCUUACAAGAUAAAUGCUUCAGGGAUACAGGCGCCGAUAGGGUACAAAACAAUCGCCACUAGUGCGGUCCACUAUAAUGGUGUUUUGGAGUAUGAUGCGCAUAGUCUGUAUGGAUUCUCUCAAUCUAUUGCCACUCACAAAGCCCUUCAAGGGCUUGAGGGCAAGCGACCGUUUAUUUUAUCACGCUCUACAUUUGUUGGAUCAGGCAAGUAUGUUGCUCAUUGGACUGGAGAUAAUAAAGGAACUUGGGAGGAUCUGAGGUACUCAAUAUCUACUAUGUUAAAUUUUGGCAUAUUUGGUGUGCCAAUGGUUGGUUCAGAUAUAUGCGGAUUCUAUCCUGCACCUACAGAAGAGCUUUGCAAUCGCUGGAUUGAAGUAGGUGCUUUCUACCCCUUCUCAAGGGAUCAUGCCAACUACUACUCUCCGAGGCAGGAGCUUUAUCAGUGGGAGUCCGUAGCUGAAUCAGCUAGAAACGCUCUGGGAAUGAGAUAUAAGCUUCUUCCAUACCUUUACACAUUGAACUAUGAGGCGCAUACCAGUGGGGCACCAAUUGCCAGGCCGCUCUUCUUCUCAUUCUCAAAUUACACAGAGUGUUAUGGGUUAAGCACUCAGUUCUUGUUAGGAAGCAGUCUCAUGGUGUCUCCAGUGCUUGAGCAAGGGAAAUCACAGGUUAAAGCACUCUUUCCUCCAGGUAGUUGGUACAGUGUAUUUGAUAUGACUCAAACCAUUACAUCAAAAGGGGGACAAUAUGUCACCCUUGAUGCCCCUUUACAUGCGGUUAACGUGCAUUUGUAUCAGAACAGCAUCCUACCCAUGCAGCAGGGUGGACUGAUUUCUAAACAAGCUAGAAUGACACCUUUUAGCCUCAUAGUGACCUUCCCUGCUGGGGCUAGUUAUGGAGAAGCCAAAGGGAACCUUUACCUCGACAAUGAUGAGCUUCCAGAAAUGAAACUUGGAGGUGGGUAUUCAACAUAUAUUGAUUUUUAUGCAAGUGUAAGUCAGGGAACUGUAAAGGUUUGGUCAAAAGUUCAGGAGGGUAAAUUUGCUUUAGAUAAUGAUUGGAUUAUUGAGAAGAUAACUGUAUUGGGAUUAGAAGGAAGUGGGCAGCCAUCUGCACUUGAAAUUAAUGCAAACUCCAUUGAUGGGGCUUCAAAGAUAGGUCUGAACUCAUUAGAACAGAAAUAUCCCGAUGAUAUUGAAGUUGGAGAUAUUAAGAAGAGUGUAAUUGUAGAGGUGAAUGGUUUGGAUAUUCCCAUAGGCAAAGACUUCUCUAUAUCAUGGAAAAUGGAAAUCAGUCGCAGUGGGUACUAAGUUUCCUACUCUUGAUUUGUACUUGUGUAGAUAUUGGUAUCCAGUUUGUGUGGUUGAUGCUUUUCAUGUUUGUCAUCAAGUUUGUUGAUGGAAAGGAGAUGAGCCGAGGAUUUGCACAUCCUUUUCCUUGCAAACAAGUUCAGGAGUGAGCUUAGAUUCAAUAGCAAUUGUAAUUGUUGUAAAGCUUAAAGUGCAAUAAUGCAAAUUUGAGAUCUUUUGAAUA